CACCAAUCACACAUUGAGGAUAAGUUACACCUAGCACCAGAUUCCAGUCGUCCCCACCACUAGCUGUUAGCCCGUUGACGUCGCGUCAAUAUGUAGUAGGGCGCGCCAGUAGGAGCAAUGUCUCAGCUGAAAUCCAAGCCAAGCGCCGCCUCCAAGACGCGCGACCCUCCGCCAUCGCUUUUCUUACAUCCCUCACCAGGCGCCUCACAUGUCUCCCUUCCGGGCAUGCUGGCCGGCGGCGCGGCGGUUCCUUCAGCUCCCGUCUCGAACUCGACCUCGAACGUGCACACCCUAGCUACUGCAUCGGCACAAACAGCCGUGCCUCCAUCUCUGGCGCGACAGAAUUCUCUACUGAAUCCCCGGGGCCGAAACGUUGUAUCCGGUCCAGUUCUGAGGUUGCAGACUGGCGAUUCGUCCCGUACCGUCGAUAGGACCGAUGCGCUGUGGGCUGAGAUGCAGGCUACAUUGGAGGAGGUUGAGCUCUCGGCAUCGGGAGGAACACAUGUCUUUGGCCCAGAGCACGACCGGAAGCUCACAGAACUCCGCGCCGCUCAGAUUGCACUAGCCCAGGCAUGGGCGCGCAGCGAGGCAGAUGACUCUAUGGAGAUGAUGGAGGGAACGGGUACGGAAGAAGUACGAGAUCUCAAGGGCACCCUAGGCCAUAUGGGUCUGGCUGGUGCAACUGGCACUGGGCCGGGUGUGGCAGGCAAAGUCAUCGGCGACAGCACCGAGCCCGGGAAAAGUACUGUGGGCUCGGGGAGCGCAAGGCCUCCGAGCAGUGGGCGUGGUGGCGAAAAACUAGGUGGUACGCUGGAAGAGGAAACCGAACGCGAUAUCCUGUUGGCGCGGAGAAGACGCCAGAACAACGAUCGAUACUUCUCAAGAGUCGACCAAGGCGUUCGCGAUGUUGUCAACAAACUGGAAGCAGUUGCAGUUGCCAUGAAGGCGGUUGAGCAGGAGAGUCGGGAUAUUUGGGGCGAAGAGAGCCUGCCGGGUGUUGACAAAGCUUGAUGGAGGCGGUCAUUGUAUAAGAAUAGGAGAUUGAAUGACUGAGUCCAGAGCAUUGGAUGGUGUUAUACAGGUGUUCGAGUAUAUGGCCCUCGUAAUGAUGGAAAGGGUCGGGCAUCACACCUUUAUGCUCACGUAUGACACUUGUCUUCUCUGGAACCAAAAAACAUGCCCAAGGCUGUACAUGGCGUGGACAGCUGUGUUAGUGCCAGACCUUGAUGGGAAAUUGCAACAUC